AUGGAAUCCCAGACAAGUGCCGCCGCACCUGCCUCGGCAAAGGCUGCAAAUGUUCAAGGUGGGGCUGGUGAGUUCACUUUCCCGCCUUUGCCGCCUCUAGUGGUCAGAGACUUCACAGGUGGGGUGCCAUUACCACAGGAUUUCCCAGGCUUUGGCGAAUCGUCGGACGGCAGCUUCAGUCGAGUUAGCCUAGGUUGCGAGCGUGUCGGGAACGACCUACACCUCACUCAGCUUGAAUUCCCGGAAGACUGGGAAGAGGACCCGUCACAGGUCCCCGAUGCUUGGACGCCUCCUGGUAUGGAGACCUUGGAGCGAGCCGAUAGGGAUGUGGCCGGUCUGAUGCGAGACAUUUUCGGAAGCGACGAUUCUCAUGUAGGGCACAUGGAAUCGGGGACAGCCUCGAAUGCACCCCGACAGCAGUCGGUUUCUUCGGUCCCUGUUCUUGACAAAGCUGCGUCGUUGGCCCAUGCAGAUGCCUCUGCUGAAGGGCUUAGCUUGGAAGCCCCCGGGGCAUUCGCUUCGACCGCGGGUGUCGUAGAUGAUGCUUUGGGUUCCUUUGUAGGAGGGCUUGUUAAGCAGGAUGUUGCUAGAUUCGGCAAACUUGAUGACGGUCUUAGGCUUCCGUGGGAGAGUGAGUUCUCCAAGCUGCUUUUCGACCCAGACUGUGUGUGGGACCCUUUGCAAGGUCGCAAGCAGGGGUCGAUCUUCCCGCCGAUCACACACAAUGCCCAGGCAGCCCGCAAACCUGAAGCCGGGUCCAAGGAUGCUCCGUCGGGUUCGAUUUUCGCCUGGGCCAUUGCGUUGGGUUCUGCAGCUCGCGAUCCCGCCGCGGAGCGAGAGCGUAAGAGGGAGCAAGGUAUCGGCAUGUGGAGUAGACUUGUGCUGAGGUACUCUGAGUGCUGCUCUCUUUUCGAGUGUGUCUGUCAGGGAAUGAGAAACAGAGAAGCGGGCUACGAGGACGUUGUACUGGCUGUUUCAGCUGCUGUGGGAGUGAAAUCACCGCACACCAUACACAAACGAGCUGCAUCCUUUUGGACCUUCGUUCGAUGGCUAGAUGUCCACGAGCCCUUAGCCCCGAGCGGGCUGCAUGAGGUGCAGGUGUGGAAUUUUGUGCAGUUCCUCAAGGAAACUUCUGCGCCGGCCUCCAAGGCUGCUUCUGUCCUGAGUGCUUUCAGGUUUGCUCACUUUGUGCUGGGGUUCCGUUUGUCGGGCAUAGUUGAUUCUAGGAGGAUUGCCGGAGCCACUGAGCAGCAGCUUGUGAACGUGCGCAAACUCCGCCAGGCUAAAGAUCUUACGGUCUCGCAGGUACUCGAGUUGCACGCAAGGUUGGAGUCGGGAGCCUUGCACUGCUUUGACCGCGUACUCCUCGCUUCUCUGCUGAUUAGGCUGUAUGCUAGGGCUCGCCCGAGCGAUUUCCUUUUCGUUGAGUCGGUCGAGGUUGACUGCCCGCCUGGAGCCGACUACCCGUUGUUAGUGUUCGAAGUUUCCCAGCACAAGGGGGCCAGGAAGGUGCAGCUUAAGACCAAGCUGCUGCCGAUCCUAGUUCCCAUGAUCGGGGUCCACGGAAAGUGCUGGAUUGAUGAAGCCUUGAGUGCUUUCCGGAAGGCGGGGAGAAGCUUGACUUCGGUUCGGGGUCCUCUGACCUUGGCGCCUGCCGAUGAAUCAGGGGUCGUCUCUUCGAGGAGGUCCAUCGCUUCCUCCGAAGUGGGCAAGAUGUUGCGAGCUUUCCUAGGUUUGCCUGAGGAGGUCACCGAUCCUUCGGCCCCCAGGGUCACUGCAUACUCGUUGCGAGGCACUUGCUUGGGAUGGGGAGGUAAGUUCGGGUUUGACGAGGACCUGAAAAGCAUCUUGGGGAGACAUGCGUCCUCGGUCAAGACUACGCAAGCCAUCUACAGCAGAGAACUGUCAGCUGCACCGGUCAGACGGCUUCAGGGCAUGAUCAGAGAAGUUGCAGCCGGAAACUUCUUCCCUGAUAACAGUCGCUCGAGUUACUUCCCGAGGCGAGCAGUUGGUAACGAGGAGGUCACGAUCCGGGGCUCCGACAAAGGAUCAGAGAAGCUCAAUCCAGUCAAGGUUGAGGUGGUCAGCAGUGACGAGUCCGAGGCAGGGAACUCUGUUUCCUCGGACAAUGAGUGCAGCGAUUCCUCUCAGUCAUCGCAGUCUUCCUCCUCGUCGUCUGCGAGCGAGGCGGUUCAGCCUGCUGUUCGUAGGUGGAAGCGAGCUAAAGUCGAGGAGCCAGACCAGGUGUGGUAUGUGAACACUUCGAGUGGGGUCUUGCAUCUGCUUGCCAGCCCCGAUGAUGUUCCGAUGCUGCUCGCAUGUGGGCGACCCGUAAGUGGGAACUAUCGUGAAGCGACGAGGAUCGAAGUCAGUCGUGGCAAAGAAGCGCGCUUUUGGGCGAACGAUGAAUGUAUCGUGUGCUGGGAAGAAAGCGGUGAGCGAAGUGCUCGUAGCGACGUGCUGUGUGAGCGUGUGGAUGUUGGCCUCAGUCGCGAAAGCCUCAGGGCGCUCGCGGACCAUGGGAUCGAUACUUUGAGCAAGCUGGCUUAUUCCUGUGGCCAGCCGGGCACGCCGCUGCCUCAAUCUGAGUUCGAUGAUUUCAUUUCCACGGUCAUGCCAGCGGCACUCUUGGGUGAGAAAGGAAGCGUGAAGCGGCUUCUCUUCGAGAGUCAAGCACUCCUGCUUAAUGAUCUCAGGGAACAGGUGACCCAGCCCGAUAAGUGGUCUACGCGAGACGUUCCGACGGUCGAACGUCAGAAGAGGAUGGAGGCCGUGCGAGCCAGCAUACCGGGUGUUGUGCUUGAGGGGUCCCUGGAGCCCUCCCAUGGUCUCUUGAAUGCAGCUUGUCGAAUGGAAAGAGAGGGGCAGCUUCGCUACAUAGCCCCCGAGCAGUGCGGCACUCGCAUGUAUGAGAUCCAGAAUGUUAAGGCCCAGAGUAAAACCCUGUCAUUGGAGGAGGGCAAGUUGGCGAUUUCUGAGGAGAAAGGGUUGCCAGAAGUAGCCUGCGGGUCAGCCUUGUUAUUGCAAGAGGCUUUGAAGCGCCGAGGUGUGGCUCUCCAGUUCGCCGGUGUAGCCAGUUACGUGGCACAUGAAAGGUAUGUCCUCAAACUCUUUGGGCAUAUGGGGCGAGAGCCCCCGCCAGGCUAUGCAAGGACUAGUGUACACCAACUCCUUACGGCAGAUAGGCAGGUCUGGACGCGAAUGAUCGAAAACGAAAUCAGUCCGAAAAGGAGUGCAGAUGGGACAUACCCUGUUGAUCGGGCUCUGCUCUCCACACUUGAGACCUUUGACGUAACUGUAGCCCUCCUUCCGCGAAAGUCCGAGGAAAGCAAGAAGAGGGUCGCCACGCCGCACAAGCCCGGGGUUGAGCGAGACACUAAAAUUACGAAGCCCCCCAAGGGCAAAGGUAAAGGCAAGAAGGGCACAUGGCAGCCCAGUGUGCCGGGAGCCAUCCGUAAACUGGGUGGAGUUGCAGAGACUCCCGACAAGAAGCGCAUUUGCUUCUCCAGGCCGCUGUUACACCAGUCGCAUCGACCUCCGCUGGAGGUCAUGAUUCACCGUAAGCUUGCCGAUGUUUUGCAAUUGAUCACUAUGCUUGAGAGCGAGACCCCGGCGAGGGGACAAGAAGCGCCAAACACUUUCUCCUGGACUUCGGGAGCAUAUGCCAAAGGUGGAGAGGUCUGGCAAAAAGGGCCCGGCAACGACGUCGUGCAGGCCGAUCUGGCCACGCCCAAAGGACAGGACUUGUGCAUGGAGUGGAUAUCGUCACCUAGGUUAGCCGGCCUUUUUGUGACUCCGCCUGCUCACUUGGGCAGUGCUUUGGACCAAUUCUUGGCAGCAGCCUUGUUACAUGUCCUCGGCCGAGGGGCGGUCUGUGUUUUGGCCCAGUCGGGCGAUGGGCCGUUCUGGACGUCCGACUGCUGGAGCAAGGUCUCUUCGCAUUUUACUUUUGUGUCGUGCCACGACUGCGCAUACGAAGGAAACCACCUGAGCACUACCAUCUUUGCUGUCACCGAUCGCUCAUUUUCGAAGCUUGCUCGAUUUUGCUCGGGCAACUCGUGCCGCCAGGACCGUCUGCCUGAGUCCAAAUUGCAUGGCGCCCAUCCGGUGCGUCUUGCCAUGCAGAUAGCUUGCUGUUUUGCUCAACACUUCGUGCAAAAGGGCUGGCAAUCGCCCCCGCAAACUUUUGAUGCUUUUGAUCCUCGCUUGGAAGUUCCUAUGUCUCGUGCUUUGGCUGGUGCCCAACCUCGGGCCAGCAAGAUACCGCCACUAGUUAGUGAGCAUCAGCGGGUCCUAGUCUUGCAGCACCCUCCGGGGCUCGUGCUGCCGUGUCAGCCGAUGCAACGACUCCGAAACCCGUGGCCCGUGCCGCCACAGUGUGGUGCCACCCUGGCACACAUCCUGGCAAAAGCUCAGCUGCUCCGGCACGUGCCAAUAGUGCAAGCUGGGGGUAAAGAACUGGUGAAAGUUGAUUCUUGGGAGAUGGCUUGGGGGUUACCCUGGGAGCCUGAGGAGUUCAUGCAGAAGGCGUCCGAAUCAUGUCACCCAAGGUCGAUGGGCUCGGUGCUCCCGGCCCCCUUGAAUGAUACUCUUGAAUCCUUGGAUAAGUUGGGAGACGCCGAAGUUUCCGCUUUGAGGGCUAGGGUAAUCAAGGAGUGGUUGCACUUGGCGACUUCGUUGUCCUCCAAUGAGGCGGAGCUGAAGGCCAGCAUGCACCCCGAUGUCCGUGAGAUUACAGCAUCCAAACGCAUCCUCUUGUGGGAAGCUUUGCUUAAGAAAUACGAUUACCCAGACCAGUGUGUGUCGAGCCUUCUCAAGGAAGGCGUCCCGUUGGUGGGGCAUGACCCCGCCUUAGCAGCAGAAGUUUGCUCCAAGACCGAUAAGGAGCGCGAAGCAGGUUGGAUCGUUGGUCCCUUGUGCGAGUCCAGCUUGUGUGAUGGGAUCUUGGUUAGCCGUCGGUUCGGAAUCCAGCAAGGCCAGAAGGUAAGGUGCAUCGACAAUUUGACUUCUUCGGGGGUGAACCUUGCGGUGCAGGCCUAUGAGGCUCCGCAGCCUCAGUCUACAGACGUGGUUGCAUCCACCUGUCUUCGACUGCUGAAAUCCAUCAAAAAGAGAGCAGGCAAGGUCUUGUUCAAAAUCUUGGGCAAGGCGUUUGAUCUCACUGCAGCUUACCGGCAGAUGCCAGUCCACCCAGACACAGCCUGGGCAGCGUACGUUUGCUUCGUGCAUCCAGACACGAACGAGCGAGUGUACUUUCGGAUGAAGGCCAUGCCAUUUGGAUCGGCAAUGGCAGUCUACGCUUUCCUUAGGAUUAGUCAUUCCUUGUGGUUUCUCGGUGCAAAGGCAUUGCUUUUGCCUUGGUCGUCGUUUUUCGAUGACUUGUCACUUUUGCGACGACGGGGUUGGGCGUUCGCCGAGUCCGGCGAAAAGGCAAAUGACUUUUCCGAGUGCUUCCAGGCGCUUGGAAUCAUGGUGGACCUUCGUGCAUGCCUUGAUGGCACCAUAAGCUUCAAGAACACUGCAAAGCGGGUCUCCGAGAUCAGGGCGUUCGUGGGCAAGGUGCUUGAGUCAGGUAGGUUGCCACAUCACGAGGCUCUAAGGCUCAGGGGUAGGUGCCAGUUCGCCGAUUCGCAAAUCUUCGGUCGUACUGGGAAGAAGUGCUUGGGCCUGAUCACUGCUCAUGCUUACGGCUUUGAAGAUGUAAUCAGUCGCGAACUCAGGGCAUCGCUCGAGAAGUUCCUGCUCAGGCUCGAGGUCGGGGCCCCGCGCUUGAUCAAGAUCCUUGAGGGCGGAUCAUGGCAUGUGUACACAGAUGCUUCGUAUGAGCCAGGGGCAGGGCAUAGUUUCUGCGGCCUAGGAGGGGUGCUGGUUGAUCCUACUGGUGUUCCACGAAAAUUCUUUUCACUUGUUUUGAGCGAUGCACAGAAAAACUUUCUUGGCGAGCAGAAUUCUGCACAGAUCAUCUUCCAGGCUGAAAUGCUAGCAAUGGCAGUGGCACUGGACGUAUGGUUGCAGGACUUGAUGGGGCACACGGCAAUCUUCUUUGUGGACAAUAACGGUGUGCGUGACGCAGCUAUCUCUGCGAAUGCCAGAGCUUCAGUCGCGAGACGGUUGUUGGAGGCGUUUCUGCAGAAGGAACAUAACUCCUCAAUCAUUCCGUGGUUCGCAAGGGUACCAUCCCCAUCGAACCCUGCAGACGAACCUUCAAGGGUUGAGCUUGACAGCUUGAGCUUGCUGGGGGUUCAACUCCUUCGUUCGAAUGUGACUCAAAGAGUCGACUCUUGCUUGAAGGAUGUUCAGGGACUUAGGUAA